AGAAGAUAGCAGCAAAUGCAGGAAUUUUGAUUGAUUGAUAGAAACGAGACGAAACGAAACAAUAUGGCGGCACAGCAGCAAGUACAGAAGAACACCCUAUACGUAGGAGGAUUAGCUGAGGAAGCAAACGAAUCAAUACUCCACGCCGCUUUCAUUCCUUUUGGUGACAUUAAAGAUGUCAAACCCCCUUUAAAUCAAGCUAAACAGAAACACCUCUCUUUUGGCUUCGUUACUCUCCUCGAAAGAGAGGACGCUGUUGCUGCCAUGGGCAAUAUGGACGGCGCUGAGCUCUAUGGUCGUGCCCUCACUGUUAAUUACGCCUUGCCCGAGAAGAUUAAGGGUGGUGAACAGGGUUGGGCUGCCCAACCAACCUGGGCUGAUGCGGACACAUGGUUUGAGGGGCAGCAGCAAGAGGAGGAAAUGCAGCGUAUGCAGGCAGAGAACAGGGCUGCAAUGCAACCUGCAGAGAACUUGCACUUGAAGAAAAUGGCUGAAGCGAAGGAAGAAGGAGAAAGAGAGAAAGAAAAGAAAAUGGAAGAUGGUGAUGAUGAAGGGUAUUUAUCGACACAAACACGAGAUUAUUAA